UUGAAUAUAUCGAUUUAGACCCACAUUUUUAUAGAGCACGACAGUCGUCACUCCUUUCAGGGCUGUGCGGCGAGAUUCCCAUGAUCGGUGGACAUGGCCGCGUAUGUGACAAUAUUGGCUAUGCCAGCCAGGAACCGUACAUUAUAAACAACACAUUCCGCGAGAACGUGCUCAUGGGCGCUGAGUACGGGGAGGAAUGGAUGCAUCAGGUGCCGGAAGCCUGCGCUCUGUCCGAAGAUUUCAAGCAGUUUGCAGCUGGUGAUCUGUCAGAGAUUGGCCACAAUGGCAUUAACCUGUCUGGCGGCCAAAAGGCGCGACUGGAACUAGCGAGGGCGCUGUACCUAAAGGCGGACGUUUACAUAUUUGACGACUUGCUUGCGGCUGUUGAUGCGCGGGUCGAGCGCCUCAUUGUUGAGCGCGUUUUGGCAUCUGGUGACAUCAUUGGCGAUAAAACGCGUAUUUUAGUCACCCAUGCCGAGCAUCUGGUGCCGUUGAGCAGCAGCCGGUUGGUUUUGUGUCUGCUGUCAACACAGAUGAGCACAUCCCUGAUUUGUCGACAGAAACUGCUUCAACCAGCAACGCUGACACUGAAUCUGGCAAGUUUACCAUUAACUCCAAGCUGAAGGAUUCACUGUUCAAGCUGUGGCAGCUGUGAAGGUUUAUCAAGCUCAGUGGGUACAAGGCUGUUGCUAUUGUGGCCUUGAUCCAGCUUGCCAAUGCCUAUGCGAUAUACUACGUCAAAAACCUGCGAAUCAGCCUCAUGGUCGACAGCAAUCCCAACACGAUGCACCAGUCAAUGAGCAAGGUACUUGUCAACGCGCUGGUAGGAGUUGUUUGCAUGCAGCUAAAUU